CUUCGUCAUUCCCGCAUCUCUUCUCUCUCUCUCUCUUACCUCGCCGACUCAUCCACUCUCUCUCUCUCUCUCUCUAGCCGGCGCCUCCUAAAAACCCUAGCUCCCACCGCCGAAACCCCAAUCGAAACCCGGAGGAUGCUCGAAUCCCAUAAGGAUCUUGCAAGGAAAUCUGGUUUGCUGAGAUACAUGUACUGCUCCAACUGAUUACUGAAAGACUGGUUAAAGCUCCUUUAAGAUGGAUAGGCGCGAUACAUCAGGAUUUGUUAGUGGAGGUGGGAUGUACUUUUUCAGAGACAUCUAACCCUGAUUUGUAGAUUGAUUUGUUUAGCUCAGAAGCCGCUGCAAUUUGAUUAAUUAGCAUUGUGUAUAGUAUUAUUCCAGUAGCUGUUACUUAAUGGACAGUAGGUCGCAGAACCUGGGUUUUGCUGCUAAUAACUCCUCAAAUGUUUUCAAGAUCUUGGGAAACUCUAUGCCAAUUCGCGGAACUGGAGGUGACUUUCGCACUGAUACCACCUUGCGGCUCAAUUCCCCUGGUUCUUCUUUGAGUUACAUGCCAGGCCCAAAAGGAACCAAACGGAAGUGGAGUGUGGUUGAUGGAUCCUUGAACCAGCAUGUCGGCUCUUCACUUUCUCUUGGCAUUGGCCAUUCCCCAAGUUCUUCAGACAGCAAGGGAAGUUCAGCGACUGUUUGCACUACAAUGUCUUCGGCCAAAGAGACCGAUGAGGAGUCCUCAAUGGAUCUUGAACUGGACUUUUCGCUCCAUCUUGGAAAUGAAAAGGUACCUAGCCUGAAGAGACCUGCUAGUUCAGUCCUGACUGCACUAGAUAUCCAGCCUAAGGUUGACCUGGAAUUGAGUCUCUCAACCGUGCUCUCUGAAUCUGGAAUCACAUCCGUGGAUCGCAGUUCUACGUCUGUUCAUUCAGGCAUGGAGAUGCCACAAGUGAUUGGGGCCCAAAAUGCAGAUGAAGUAUCAAAUUCAUGCCUCUGGAAGUCUGGGGUUGCCACAAAGCCAUUCCAGAAUUCCCUGAAUCCAGGGGCUGCCGCGAAGCCAUUCCAGACUUCUGUGAAUCCAGGGGCUCACUUCCUUUUCAAACCAGUUCCAAAGAAGCUUGAUUCAAUCCCUACUGUUCUGGACAUCUCAUCAAGCAUUUUGACCACACCAACUAGCUCAGCAUGUACUUCUGCCAUCACACAAAGACAACAGCCACACCAUCGCAGCUCCAAUUCAAAGACAUGCCAGGUUGAGGGAUGUGGGAAGGGUGCCAGAGGUGCCUCUGGCCGCUGCAUUUCUCAUGGUGGUGGUAGGAGAUGUCAGAGAGCUGGCUGCCACAAGGGUGCUGAGGGCCGCACAGUGUAUUGUAAGGCUCAUGGUGGUGGUCGGCGUUGUGAAUACCUGGGGUGCACCAAGAGUGCAGAAGGACGCACAGACUUUUGUAUCGCCCAUGGUGGUGGUCGGAGGUGUAGUCAUGAUGGUUGCACUAGAGCUGCCAGAGGGAAAUCAGGAUUGUGCAUUCGUCAUGGUGGUGGCAAGAGAUGUCAAAGAGAAAAUUGCACAAAAAGUGCUGAGGGACUCUCAGGCCUUUGCAUCUCACAUGGAGGUGGUCGCAGAUGCCAAGCUAUAGGAUGCACAAAAGGGGCACAAGGGAGCACCAUGUUUUGCAAGGCCCAUGGUGGAGGGAAACGAUGCACUGCUCCAGGGUGCACCAAAGGAGCUGAAGGGAGCACACCUUAUUGCAAAGGUCAUGGUGGAGGGAAGAGGUGUGCAUUUCAAGGUGGUGGGCAUUGUACAAAGAGUGUGCAUGGAGGUACCAAUUUCUGUGUGGCACAUGGAGGUGGCAAGCGAUGUGCUAUGCCUGAGUGUACAAAGAGUGCAAGGGGACGGACUGACUACUGUGUUCGACAUGGUGGAGGUAAAAGAUGUAAGUAUUCUGGGUGUGGCAAGAGUGCACAAGGCAGCACCGACUUCUGCAAGGCCCAUGGUGGAGGAAAGAGAUGCUCUUGGGGCCAUCCGGGGUCUGUUUAUGGUCGGGAAGCUGCUGGUCCUUGUAACUCAUUUGCAAGGGGGAAGACAGGUCUUUGUGCACUCCAUAGUGGUCUGGUUCAGGAUAAGAGGGUCCAUGGAGGUGUUACCUUGGGUACUAUAGUUCAAGAACCUAAAUUUGGAAAGUUGGUGAGAGAAGUUGAUGAGAUGAAUGUUGAUGAUGCCAUGACUAAUGGGAGCAUAGCUACCACAGCAAGCGGAAGUUGCUCUGGUCUGAAGAACGGUGGUAGCUCUGUCGGUCAACCUUCAGUCAUUGUUCCAGAAGGCCGUGUUCAUGGAGGUAGUCUGAUGGCGUUGCUUUCUGGUGGCUCAGGCACCGUUGGGAGUGAUUCUUCUUUGCCAAUGAAACCAUACAUGAUGCCAAAGAACUGGAUGUAAAGCUAUCUCUCAACUGUGUUAUUUGGUUCGGUCUCAGUAAUUGGCUGAGUUUCUCUGCAAGUCAGUCUGUCUUGUGUCCUUUGCUUCUUAGCUUGUUUAGUUAAGUAGUGGGUUUGAUAAAUAGCGGUAGGAAGUUCUCAUUCAUUGGUUCUAAUGGAGGGAACCCUCAAGUGCCUAAAAGACCUUAGUGUAACAAUAUGGUGGUAUAUCAAGGUUAGGGGCAUAGUUAGCGUCUGGAGUCUGGUCUUUGGUGUUCUUUCCUGUAAAUAUUUAUAAAAUGUCCAGCAGUGGUGUUGUGUAUACAGGUAUAUGUCACCUGUAAGGUCGGACAUUCUGGUGCAAUAAAUAAAGCCUUUUCUGAGAUCAUUUACGUUCA